AUGAACCUUCUGAAUGAAGAGAAGGCCGAUAUAAUUUUUUUACAAGAAACCAAGAUUUGUUCGCCGGAAAAGGCCAAGAGCUUCGCGCAAUUUUUCGGCAACAUUUUUUGCACCACGACCGAGCGGAGAGUUUUUUUCACGGAGCUUUGUGUCCUCCUCAAGACCCCUGCGGUGCUCAUUGUCAGCGGCGACUUCAACUGCGUGCUUAAUGCGCAAGACAGAGUGCGCGGAUCAACAGCCAGAGUGCGCGGAUCAACAGCCCCUAGAGCCGACGCGGGCGCCAACACGCUUCGCGAUGCCGUGCGUGAUUUCGACAUCAUGGACGUCACCGAGGUGUUGGACAGUUUUUCGCCACGCUUCCCCCGAUGGCAAGGGCCCUCCCAGACCAGACUGGAUCGAGUGUACGUCUUGAGCGAACUCGGCGAUCGGAUCCAAUCUUACGACGCAAAACUUGAGCCUUUCUCUGAGCACGGCUUCGUCGCCACCGUGCUCCAAUCCGGAGGGUCCGGGCCCAGGCGGGCACGACGAGACACCACGUGGAAAAUGAACGUCAGCGUCUUGGAGGAGGAGAAGUUUGUGAAGAAAACGACGCACGCACUGGAAGGGCUUGCCGAGUGUGGCGAGGAUACGGUUUCCUGGGAACAGUUUAAGGAGCAGCUCCGAGAGUCCGCCUCCACAUUCGGCCGUCGAAGGGCUGCCGAGGCACGCCAGGCACGAGACCACUUCACAACGACCCUGAAGAUUCUUCUUACAGAAGAAGAACAAGACCCCGAGGUCUUUCGGGAGGAUAUAAAAAACUGUAAGUAUCAGCUGCUCGGACUUCUGGAGGAACGCUAUAAAGGGCCGCAGGUGUUCCUGCAAGACUGGACUGAACUUGAGGAUAGGCAUUCGGUGGACUGCUUUUGGAACUACCGCUUGAUCAAAGAGUAUUCACUGUGGCAGAAAAACCAUCAUGCAAAGCAAUUGACGAAACACAAGCACGUAUCUCUUUUGUGCAUGAUGUUCCAGAUUGAAUUUUUCUGA